AUGUUCCAUCCCUUAGGUUCCCUUGUUCGACGAGCCAGGUGUUGGGGUCAUUGCGUCGUAUGUAUGUGUGAUGCGGGGCGAAGGGACGGCAGGGUGCGUCGCGCAGGCGUGCUUCAGUCGCCCGCGCGACCCCGCUGCCGCCGGCCGCGCGCCAUGGACGACACAAGAGCAAGAGAUCGCGCGCCUCUCACCGUCAUCGUCGCCCCGAGUAACGCUUCACCCCCCAGACUAUCGCCUGCCGAUCUCCUCCCGGACGGCGAUGCGGCGUUUCACCCCCUGUCGGCAGUCAACGGACGGCUAACACCGCCAGGGCUCGAGCCGGCGUCCUAUGCGACAUUAACUCCACUUCUCCCUCUACCUCCUAUAAGUACCGUAUCUGAUAAAUUCGCGUAUCAUGCAGGCGGUACGUUUACGGUUAUACAGCAACAACAGUCCUACGCAUCCUUAUCACCCGCUCCAUACAAUGAGCCUUUAUCACCACAAUCGGCAUAUAGCAGGCGGAGUGCGUCGCCGAAUUCGUUCGAGAGGCGGUCGCCGACGCCACCUCUGCCGAGCCCUGGAUUGGAUCUCAACGCUGCGUUGAUGGCAAGGGAGGAACAGCAACAGGCCCAGCAGCAAGCACAAAACGACACAGAGGAAAUAAACACUAAGGAAUUGGCCCAAAGGAUAAGCGGGGAGUUAAAGCGGUACUCGAUCCCCCAAGCGAUAUUCGCGCAGAGGGUGUUAUGUAGGUCACAAGGGACGCUGAGUGAUUUACUACGAAACCCUAAGCCAUGGUCGAAAUUAAAAUCAGGAAGGGAAACGUUCAGAAGAAUGUGGAAAUGGCUACAGGAGCCAGAGUUCCAGCGGAUGUCCGCCUUGAGGCUAGCGGAUACGCCAACCCAGCAAUCGGUUAAAGGCGACAAUGUAAACAACACGCCACAACAGGCAUACUGUCAAUCUCGGGAGUACCAGCCUCCAGGGCAACAAGGGCUACCUAUGUACCCACCUGGGCCCCAUCACUGGGACAGACAGGCGUAUGAGCCAGCCGGGGAUAUUUCUUGCUUGUAUCAUAAUGUAUACAUAGCUUGUCGCAAAGGCUGCAAGCGCAAGGAGGACAUGGGUUCGGAUACUCUGCCUUCCCCGAAGAAACCUCGUUUGGUUUUCACAGACCUCCAGCGGCGUACUCUACAGGCUAUUUUUAAGGAAACAAAACGACCAUCAAAAGAGAUGCAGGUGACGAUAGCGAGACAGUUGGGCUUAGAACCCACGACGGUAGGUAAUUUCUUCAUGAACGCGCGGAGACGGUCCAUGGACAAGUGGAAGGAUGAUGACGCUCCGUCAACAGAGUUGGAUCAACAGCUGGAUGGCCAAGACCUGGAUCAUGUGCCCAGUCUUGACUCCGCAGAGUCUGAGGAAGACCACGACGAUCAGGACGACCAUCUAUUGUGA